GGACGGCUUCACGAGGCCAAUAGUUUACGGUUCCGAAGACUCGAUCGAGCAAAUAGAUUCGAGUUCUCAUUCAGUUUCAAUCCUUGUCUGUUCUUUUGCCUCUUUUAUCCUUGUACAACAAACAAACAACCCUUCGAUCCAAAUCCACCCUCUCCAUAGACUUUAUCACAGUAUAGCCGACCACUGCAAGGCUGGAAGAGAUAGGGUUCAAUUUGAACAUGGGCGACCACACGGCCUUCUUCUAUGGAACCCUAAUGGCCCCCGGCGUCCUCCACCGCGUGAUCCACGGCACGCACGACCCGGAACCAUGGCAGAAAUCCAUGCUCACCGUCCGUCCGGCCCUAUUGCAAGGCUACCGCCGCCACCGCGUCCGUCAUGCAGAUUACCCUGCCAUUAUUCCUCGUGACAGCGAAGAAACAAACAACUCCUCUACAUCACCAACAUCACCACCACCACCAUCAUCAUCAUCGUCUUGGUGCGUCCGUGGCACCGUCGUUUCAGGAUUGACUGAAGGCGACUUGUACCGUCUGGACAUCUUCGAGGGCGACCAGUACAGCCGGCAAAAGGUGAAGGUGCAGGUCCUCAAGGAUGUGGAAUUGGACCAAGCGGCCGCCACCACCACCACCACCACCACCACCACCACUGCCGCCGCCGCCGCCGCUUCUUCUUCUCCAGAAAUCGUAGAAGAGGUCGAGGCUGAAACCUAUGUCUGGCAAGAAGGCAUGGAGACCUUGGAACCCGAGGAAUGGGAUUUUGAAGAGUUCAAGCGAGAGAAAAUGAGGGCUUGGAUGGGCUUGGUGGACCAAAGCAGCACCCAAGUAGAUGAAGGGUUUGCAGAUGUUGAUCGCGCCGUGGCCGAGGAGGAGGAAAAGCGCAGCCAACAAAAAAUCAAUCGUGAUCCCAUGGGUGGAAGGGGACUAAAUGGCCAUAUUACCCAGCAAUUGAAAAAUGCCGCCGUUUAGAUCGUACUAGCACACGAAAUUGGAAGAAAGCAGUGUGCGGCGCGGUGAGAAACUUUACUGUCUAGAAUUGAGGACACUCGCAAGAUCAUGUUCAGCAACUUCACAAAGGAAAAGGGAACUAACAUUAGGGAGGUAUUUUGUCGCCAUGCUAACUUCAAGCAGCUCAGCUCCUGCGCACUCCUGUACACCUGACAAAAGUCAUUCGCUUGCUCAGUUCUGCACCCUCAAGACUUUGGAGAAGAAUUUCCAGAAUUCUCCCCCCUUACAUCCAUUCAUACCGGGUGCCACUUGACAUCUAUGCAAGAGUCUUAACGACGACCGUGGCUUCGGACUGCACUGCCUUGCAUCUGCUCAAGCUCCUGUUCCAACUGCUUGAUGGCGGCAUGGGUGGCUUCCAGAUCCUUGUUCAGACGAUCUCGCUCUGCGAUCAGCUUUUGUUCCCAGGCUCUGAAACGUUGCUCUUCCACCUUGACCUGUUCUGUGAAUCGCUUUCGGAGGGCUUCUUCUUCCUCUUUGAACUUCGGGUUGUCCAAUUUGCGGGGUCUCGCUUCGCCGAAUUUCCUCGUCUCCAUCUGUUGGGCGCGGUAUGCUUCGUAAUGGUUCUCCUCGGUAGUGUGGAUGAGAUCGAGCAUGUGCGUUCGGAUGAGAAUGGAGCGCAGCUUCUUGAAAUCACAAUGUUCCUCGUUCUCAACCUCCGCAACACCCCAGAUGUACUGUCGACCCUUGGCCACACGACCAUCCGGGGUCUUCACAUCCUUUUCACUACCAAUAACAGAGAAUGG